CCGUGACGUAGUCACGUUGGUUUGUUUGUAGAGGGGGUGCGCAUUGAGGGUGGUGUACGGCAAAAACAAAGUACAAGUGCCCAGAAUGAGCUUCAGAAUGUCAUCUGAGUUGCGGCCACUUUUCAUAUACUUGGUGAACUCGAGCAUAGUAUCGUACCGUAGCUGACAACGAUGAAGAUUUUAUCAGUUACCAUUCUUGCACUGCUAUCCACCACGGUCAGUGGUCUGGGUGAGACCAGACAGGUUUUGGAUGACAUGUCUCAGUACUUUGAGCACACCAACUACCCUGACUCUUUAUACGAAGAGUUUUCAACCUGCAUGAAUAAGUGGGGAGUAGAGCGUUUGGAAGAAGCUCAAGACGUUGCAUGGCGUGAGUUUGUCAACUAUUACUUCACAGGUGGGACGCUGAGUGAUCCAUGGGGAGAGCCGUCUACUCAGGGAAGCCAAUGGCUUGAACAAGUCCAAAACAAGACCGCUUUCAUGGGGGACCCUUACAGACCCUAUGAAGUGCGCCAAAGAUGCAAUUUUGUUUCGAAUGUGGCUUAUUACAGAUCGGCUGUCCGCGUGUGCGACUUUAAGACAUGGAAGGUGCCCGUGGAAGAUCGAAUUGGCAUGAUGCAAACUUUUGUGGCCGCAGGGACAGGAUCGGCAUGGGCACACGGAAGCGAAACAAGUGUCGGUUCACGCUUUGAUACUAGUUCGGUGGCUCUCCUCAUAACCGCUGCCUAUCAAAUUGCAAUACGAAGUACAAGCGCAUCCUCCCAAGUCCUCUUGACGGUUUCCAACAAUCUGCAGCCAACACCGUUCACAGAGCUGGCACGCGAUCUUGCCAACAUGCCACUAAAUUUCAGUGUACCAGAAUGGAUCUCCUACAUCAACAGCCUGCAGCUGGUUCGACGAUAUCGAAUCGUUGCUGUGGCAUUGAUUGCAUUUGGCUGUAUGACGUUAUUACCAUUCUCCCUUUGUGAGACACUGGUGAAUGAUGUGCUUGCCCCUGAAUUCCUUCGUGCAGCAGAAGAAGAUUUUAUGAUAAACGAGUACAUGCCAGAACUCAAGCUUCUUGCCGAGAGAGAUGACUUCCCAGUGGGUCCCUUUGAAGGGGGGAUAUCUGUGUUUUUGAAACUUGUUGGCGCUGUCUCUGGAUUGCUUUGGGCAUUUGUCUUUCAAGAACGGACACUGUCCUUUGUGUCUGGUUUGGAAGGCGAGUGCUUUAAUCUCACCAGCCUGGGAGCGGCAAGCAGUCCAAUGGUUGAUCUCUUGACCUACUUGCUGCAUGGUGUGCCAAACACAGAAGACCGUGGCUUUUUCACUGGUGGUGACAGAUCGAGCCAUCCAUAUCCUGGUUCAGAGUUUUGCAACAAGGAUUCAUCCCAUGCCCUAUGGCAUGACCGCAGCGCCGACGCUGUGUUUGAACUAUAUGCGGUAGUCGAUGAUGCGGAACAGGUGAUCAUAGCACGAAACAAGAGGAGACGAUUGGAGAAGGCACAGAAUCCCAAUGCUGAAUCGAACAUGGGUGGUUUGAGACGUUUGGUCGGUCUCGAAGAGAUGAUGGAUACGUGAGGAUUGACACGCACAGCAAAAGUAAGCUUGGUUAACCCUGCAGCCAUUGGCAAUUGCGAGUGGCCUCCCCUGUGGUGGGAGCACCAAUUCAAGCCUCCUGUGCUCUGAACGAGCGCGAGUACAUCAAACAAUAUACUUUUUGCAAUGGGUAUAUCGAGUUGACCAUGGUCUGGCCCUUGGUGACAUUGCCCGGCUCUUGUGGAGUUAAUCCCGCUGACAGAUCAACUAGAUUGCUAUUCUCUAUUGUGCCGCUCAAACUAGUAGGUAACUUACUUGUCAAUAGUGCGAUCUAUGUACAAAUUC